AUGGGGUGGUUGCGGGGUCUCAGUGUGCACGACGUACGUCGGCAACCGGGUUCGUCAACGCACCCCGAAAAUGUCGGCAUUUGUUACGGUACGCAAAACCGAUAACGCCUGCCAGAGUCCAAUAAGGCCCCCGGGUUGAUCCAAUGCAUUUACCACGUGGCCCGUUUUGGGGGCACAAUCACCAUAUAAUGUGUUGCUGUAUGCCAGGGUUUUUUACAUGUACUAAUGGUAUUAUAAAUCGAGGCCUAACAGAAGAGCUCUACUUCGAACAGUUCUCUAAGUUGGGGAAUUCUCCGUGAGGAUAUAUAUAUAUACUUCAAAUAGUAGAAAAUACGCGCUGCCCGGGCAAUAAAAUGAAAGAAGACGUGAAGACAAUCGCUGGGAUCAGCUGUUUAUUUAUCUGACGUCUUUAACUCCCACGUAAGCCUAUCGUAAGGAAAUGAAUGACCGUACAACUCAUCUCAUAUCUACUUCAACUCUGAUGAGAAUGACUUCCAACUGCGCUACUGAUUUGUUUACGCAAUGCUUGAUAAGCGACUGGCAGGUCGAUAUGUCGAUUUUUCGAGUUCUCUGUCGAGUUCCACGCUUCCUGCAGCAGGCGCUAAACUCGGUCGUCCAACAGGCCCAAUAUUCUCACGCGCUCGAGGUCAAAGCCGUUCCCUGGCGAGGAGGCGUGGGCGGCUACUUAGGAGAGUUUAUCCUUCCGUCUCACCGCCAGCUCGUGCUCGUGCAAUCUCGUGGCGGUUCCACCAACAUAAGUGGCCUGACCACAGUUGUAGCCUGUCUGGCAAAUUACCACAGACUUCCGGUUUAUAACAAUCAGGUUGACGGCGAAUUGUUGCUUCUGAUCUGUGAACGACACCACUCCCAAAUUUACUCAAAAAUCUACCGACUUCUGCUGACGCACCAGUUAUGUAGGGCACUACGCGUCAGCAUUUCGGUUUCGGCUGUUCCUUCGCCUUUCUCCCCCGGGCUUCUCGUCUGCACUCAUAGACAAAGUUGCCAGGGUGCUCGUUGACUGUGAAAAAUUGCUGCAGAAACUGGACCUCGGCUUUCUUGUCGGCUGGCUCGGUGAAAUAUAUCCAUAUACGCACUACAUAGAUAUUUCUGAAGACUGCCAAUACUGGACAAUGUUGCGGUGUCGCUCUUCGCCUUCUUGUCCCAUUCGUUCAUCGAUCUGACUUGAUCCAGGAUCUGACAGAGGAGCAUCAAAUUAAUUUUGACUCAAACGUCUCGCCGAGCCGUGAUGCGGUUCCGCAUCUAAAAUGUAGCCAUCCAGGUUACAGCGGAAGCCAGUCAUUCUCUACUCUAAUUCUCUUCUCCUUUCCCCUUUUGAAAGGUCGUUUUCUCAACUCCACAACUGGUUUGCUACUUUCUCUUGUGACGCUCACACUUCUUGGAGCUUUCGUCUUCACUCGAAUUGAGGCACCCGCCGAAGUUCAAACACGAGUACAAGCGACAAAGGUUCGUCUUCAUUUGUAACUUGUAUCGAGAGUUUGGCUUCAAGUCCUACAGAUGACAAGCCUAACAAAUCGGACUUAGUCAAAGUGUAUAAUGCAGAAAAAUGAGGGGCAAAUACGAGGGAUGCUGAAAUGGCAUUUCCGAACAAGUUGUCACAGUUAACCCAUCAUAUCUCAACCGGUAUCGGGACUCCACCUGUGCCUUAUCUCCGCGAAAUUUAGAAGACUCUAGAAUUGGCUUAACCAACAGUGGUUUUAGCAAGAAAAAUAGUAAUAGCAUACCUUAACUUCACGUUGGGGAUUCAUGAGAUUUAGCUCGAGAAAAGAAUUAGCUGACGACAAAAAGUAAGCCAGAAAUGGUCGUGCCAGUCUUCCUCUUAGUUGUUGAUAUUCUUGCUAUACAAACGAGUACUUGUGACCGGACAACUACCUGCGAGUGUUCAAAACCAGAACUGCAAAGCGAGGAGGAUAUGCUUCUUUCUGAAAUCUGAUCAAUGAGCUGUCACAUGCGUGUGAUUCUUAUAAAUUUAUAUGUUCUGGACUGUUACAGGCUUGAGAAACAAUAGCCGACCACGAUAUCUAGUUCCGAUGGAGGGAUGUAUUUCGCAGAGCAAACUUUAGACUGUUAUUGGUUAAAUUAGUGGGCAAUGUUCCUGUCAAUGAUGGAACCCAAGAGCGGCUCAUUAAUCUCGAGUGAUCGUAAAGGAAGGAGGGCAAACUUGUGCUCCUAUCUGUUGGAAUUAGACUAACUGAGUAUGAGGCAUUUUUCGCCACAGUAAUUUAAGCAUUUUUAGAGGGAUCUUGUAAAAAACUUGCGACUGGUCAGCUUAUUUUAAAGUUUCUACAAAUGACACGAAAGUGUACAUAACCUGCCACCUACCCGUACAACACGACCGCUGAUGUAAGCUUCCUUCGUUCGUAAUAAAACUGUGAAUUUGUUCCCAUUCCAACAGUAUAUUUAGAUGGUAUUUUUGAGCAAACAAAGAUCUGUCGGGUUCGAUUCAUUAUCCGUUACUCUUGCUACGUAAUUGACUGUAGUAUCAUAAACUGUUACAUUAGUGAACAACGCUGAAUUCACCAAAUAGUAAGACCAUUAAUCGUGACCCCCGGCAAAUUCGUGAAGAUUCUGUUUUAAUAAUUUCUGGGUCUUUUGGAUAUCCAGGGGACGGGUAGUUGCGUUAAUGGCCUGGCUUUCGUAAGCUGUGAUAACCAAUCACGUGAUUCUGACCCAACUAGGCGCUUAGCUCUUGUCUGUGUUCCCGCGUAGCUGAGCCCAGCGCAGUCGACACUACCCGCCGCUGUUCCUGUUGGUGAGUGAAAUCAGAUGAAAGCAUCCAACUUGUCUCUUCAGCGCCACAACUUCUCAUAUAAAGUUCAGCUCGCUUACGGGCGAUAGAAAGAGAGACACCAUCCCACUUCUGGCACAUGAAUACGGGCAAUUUACGUCAGAUCUGCAACUUCGUCAAGGUCCGUCUCCAAUCCUUUUGACUUAAUCUUGCAAAUGGAAAACAGUGGGAGAUCGGGUAGCCUCUAUGUAUAUUCCUCUCCAUGUGUACUUCAUUUUACACGCCCAUUAGCAACACUCGGCCGUAGAAAGGUGACAGCUGUCCUGUUCGACGGACGAGUUUUCAUUUAUCACUCCAGUGGUGCCGGCAUCAUGUUAGACUAUACCUCGAAACCAGCUAUCCAUAAGAAUUUCUGAUCAUGCAAGUUUUAGAUGCUUGAUAAGGUUAUUCACACUUGCCUAAAGAAAGUGGAAGAGGACAGGAUUUAAUCCUCUUCCUCUGUUCUAUACUGCUUAGGCAGUAUGACCAGGGUUUAACUUUUGACGUUGCUCGUUGUUCGUCUACGACUAAUUUUUUGUUUUGCAUUUGGUUUUCUACCUCCCCCCUCAUUCCGCCGUCUUCUUCUUUGCCCGUUUUGCAAGUACGUUUGCUGUCUACGGUUGUUCUCACUUCACUGCAAAAUUGCAGCAUAACUUGCAGAUACUUAUAACGUCGUAAUGUAACCUCGAAAUCCUUUGGGUAGCGCUUGUUAGAUUUAAUCAGCCUAAGAACAUAGGUGGGGUCCUCUUCGCAAGCCCCAUCAUCAGUGGAUGGAGCCAGAUUACUUUGGUUUCCAGUCUGAUCGAUGUCCGUUCGUUUCGAUGCUGUAACUUUUCAACCCACCAACUGACAAAAACCGAUUGACAAAGAAACACUGCGGUAACCUUGGCUUUAUGGUGUUAUGGGCUCAUCUGUUUGACUUCACUUUGCAGUGUAUGUGUAUAUCUACGGGUUUGGUGUCCAGUUUGUACCUCCAAAACGGGCAACACUGGUGCGUCAGGCCAAAUCAGGGGCAGGCCGGUGUUUGACAUGGCUUUAGUGACGGCCACUACGCCAACUACCCUCUCCAGUCUGUUCGAGUUGGGCUGACUACAAGGGCAUGGGGAAGGGCAGGAACAAAGAAGUCGUCACAGCGGGACCUUCAAAGUACGAUCAACAAGACACUUCUUUGACUUGGCAUGGCUCACCAACUGUCAUGAUUGGAAAAGUUGCUAACUACCGGAAGCAUUCAGUCCCCCAACAGGUGGGCAGUCAGUCCACGAUGACCUCUCAAUGUUGCUUUAUGGAAACUAUCACCGUUGAUAGAUUCAAACUCACGAAGUCUGAUUCGCAAAGAGCCCCGUGAAGAUAUUUCAAACAACACGCAUUAUUCAUCAAAUCAGUGUGUGAUCAAAUGCCCAAAAAUAUGAUUUUGCUGUCCCCUCGACGUAGCGACUCAGGACCUCGCUCUCUGCGUUCCUAAUUUUAUCGUAAUGUGAAACAUUGUCGUACGCUGCCUCUGAUCUUCUUUAUACCACAGCUUAAUUUGGACGGGAAAUUGUUUACUUAAAAUUAACCAAAUGACUUAAAAGAGAUUAGUUCCCAAAUAUACAACGUUGUCGAAAUUCCCCUGCGGAUAUCCCAUGCGCGCAGGAUAAAUGUCUUGUUCUGGAAUGACAGUCAAGAUCUGACACAAUUUCCACAUAUCAGUCCAGAUCUACUGAUUUUUUAUUUGUUAUAACAGACUCGGAGAAAUAGAAAACACUAACCUUGAGACAGGCUGAGCGUUAACUCCCGAAUUUUAACUCGGUGAUUCACCGCCAAGCUAUCGCGGCUACGCCUGUCAAUUAUGCGAAUCAAAUAGUAUUUGCUUCUUUCUGACCUAAUUUUUUGUUUGAGCGAAUGUUUACCUGUUAUUGCAAGACAAUCUUAUCAGGUGCAUAAGGGGAAGUAUUAUUUUAGGGUUUCUUAACUGUCUUAGAAAGUAGUGUACGAACUUGGGCUGAAGUCUUCGGAACAAGCUAUGCUGCGUUAGUCACGACAGACACUUGAAACAGUUGACAAUUUUCACUUUACGUAAACGUUUAGUUAUGAAGGUGAACCAUGGCAAACAAGAAAUUCACUAGGCCAUACGGGACUUUCCUUAGUUGUCCAGCAGAAUGCUUGGAGUACGUUCACCCUCACAGUCGUGAAACAUUGUAGCAUUGAUCAGCUUGCAAGGCUGAAAGACCUCCUGCUGCGAGCACCAGGAGCUAGAACAUUAGACGGGAAUUAUAAGACAGGUAGAUCGAUUCUGCUUCACAAGAAACAUUUUUGGUGUGCCCAGCGCAUUCUCAUCAGAAACGGUCUGUUUUCAAAUCGUCUGCAAUUUCACUUCGGUGUUUUCUUAGGCACGGCAAAGAAUCUUUGUUUUGGCGCAGGAGUUGGCUGAAGAGGGCGAAAAGGCAGACUGGUCCAAAUUAGUGGUCCAGGUGAACAAGUAUCGCGAUAAAUUAAAACAGGCCUGGAAAGCCGGCAAUGACGAACUGGGAAACGCCGUCGUACCUCCGUCGUGGAGCCUGUGGGGCAGCAUCUACUACUGCAUAACACUGAUCACAACCAUUGGUAAGGUGCCCCCUGCCGGCAUAGGCAGCCUCGCAUUUUUCAAUGAGUCACUACCAAAUUUGGUUACUUGCUUUUACUUAGGAUACGGGAAUGUCUGUCCUCACACAACAAUCGGCCGCGUCCUGACUAUCGGCUACUGCCUCCUAGCGAUCCCUCUCUGCACUCUUGUGUUCUCGCGAAUUUCAAAGAUUAUCGUCAGAUUCCUCAAGGCCAUCAAUUUGAUGACUCUGGAAUCUAGUGGCAUUCCUGUUGGUCUGAGGGAUGCUUACUCGAGAGCGGACACAACUUUCGAUUUUUCUGUAAGUCACAUUGCCAUGUUCUGUUUUUUACUUCACUAGCUAUCCUUCGCAAAGCAUAACAUUUGAUUAUCUAGUUUAAUUAUCCGUUCUGGUGAUCCCAUCUGGAGAACAAAAGCUGUCCAAAUGGAAUUAUUAUGAUUGUUGAUUAACGCCAAAACAUCUGUUGAUGAAUAUGUACUGAGAAGAAAGUUGUUCACUAUGUAGAGGUUGCGGUAUUAGUUGAUUACUUUGGUUGUUAACGGAUCUGUUAGGCAUUCAAACAAAAGGGUAUCGAGAGUACACAGGGGACGUGAAUGCUGAUGAAAAAUCAAUAGAUGCUCGAAGUAUUCUUGUAAUUGGGAAACGACUGCAUGAGCAAAAACUAUUUCAGUUAAGCCGUUCAAAUCAAACGGCGAACCCCUGAAAGAUAAAUAAUGGGAAAUUUGUAAACAUUUAUUUCUACUUUCACUGGCAGUUGUACGUAUGCCGCAGGCAAAGAAGAAUACGUAAAUAAAGAAAUUGCUGUUGUUUUCCAGAUUAACAAAACCAGUGGGAUGUGCAAAUGUAGCAAUUUUCUAUAUGGUUGGGUCAAGUUACCAAGACAGUCUUAUUUCUCAUUGGCAUCAGAAUUGGAUUAAAAACCGGACAAGUUCAGGUUGUCAUAAUUGUAGAAUAUCCUUAUGCAGUCGACUGAUUGAAAAAUAUAAAUUUGCUUUUAAUUUUAAUGUGCCCACUAAAUGAAGUAAUUUGGUAUAGACGUAAAAACAUCUUUCCAUAGCGUUUGAAGCCGAAAGACCUCAGGUCCUUUCCACUUCCGGUGUGUUAUCAAUGCUAUUUCUAGAUAUGUGGCGGAUGUGUAUUUCGAAAUGCGAAUGCCGGUUUCGUAGUCCAAGUGAACUUUUGCGCAGGAAUAUGAUAGCUUUCAUAAUGUACUGUGCAGAGGGAGAUACGAUCGUGCUAUUUCUGGGACAGCUUGCUUACCGCCUGUUCCUACUUGACGGCCGGUCCCUAUCUCUGACUCUAGCUUUGCUGUCUGCAUAUUGAGACGACUUCAUCCUAGUGCAACCUUUCGAUAGGUGAGCCAAGCCCCACGAGAGUUACCAUCAAGUCUCGGACUCUCCCGAAAAGGACUCAUGACUGCCCUGGAAGUCAAACUGAACUCGAACGAUCGGGGGGAGUAGAUAAACGUUAACAUCCACCGGACGGAGGGAGGUUUGCCUGACGUGGCGUAGGGAAAAUCAGAUAGGGCAUGGGCCAGAAGCCUUCAUGACAUCCACUGCUAUGACCAAACCCCCAGGGGUGCAGACUUAUCCUGUUUCUAAUCCCAGCAUUUGAGGUCAGGGCAGUGGCAUGGUCGUCGUGUUACAACUUCACAUUGUGGUGCACUCGUUUUUUAUAGCUGUGCGGCAGAGCGUACAUAUCUAAAAUCGAAAGCGCAGAUGGCUGAGUGUUCUGGUUAUGAGCAAAAAGUGUGAAAACUAGCUGGUUAUGGAACCAGACGGACUCGAAUGGGAUUUCCGUGGCAAACCUCAAGUGUGCGGGGUUCUGGAAAAAUUACAGAUAAUCCGGUCUCCAUAAAAACCUAACCGUUUUUGAAUUCUUCUUUUAUUUAUUUCUAGUUUCUAACUUGCAUGGCUCUGCUUGUCGGCUACUUCUCGCUCAGCGGUGUCAUCUACUGCUGGGGCAUUGGCCCUACAGCCGACGAAUGGAGUCCUUUCGAUGCCGUCUACUUCUCAUUCAUAAGUAUGACCUCAAUCGGCCUGGGCGAUAUUGUGCCCACCUCCGAGACCUUCCUUAACGUGGCCUCUCUACUCUACAUUCUCUUCGGUCUCAUCCUAAUGAACCUAGUGUUCACUCGAAUGGUCGAGCUGAUGGAGGCCAAGCUGGAGGCCAUUUCAUCCCCUGAAGUUGCUCUCGUCACCAAGGGUCUAUCCAACCGUUUUUUAAAGGACUCCGUAAAGAGACAGGCUUUGACAAGUCCAGGUGCCACCAAUACGAUGAUGUAA